UGGCCUUGCGGAAUCCCAUGUCUCUCCUCUUCCCCCCUCUCCCCCUCCUCUCCUUCCCCCACUGCUUUCCUUCUACGCUUCUCUCCUCUAAGCCCCGGGUCCCCCUUCUCUCUCUCUUGCGCCGCCCCCGCGAUCUUCCACCGCUCGCUGCGGUCGGCGGUGGUGGCAACAAGUUCAACCCCCUGCCUUCCGACGACGACCCUCCCGAGGCCCCCGAGGACUCCUCCCACGGCGUGCCUCGCAUCAACCAGUUCGAGCGCCAGGUCGCCCGUGCCCGCCGCCGUCAGGAGGAGCAGUUCAAGAAGGACCAGCCUCUCUUCCUCCAGGCCCUCGCCGAGGAGGAAACGCCCCAGGACCCUGCCGACCCCUCCUCCCCCUCCUCCGGUAACGACCUAUUCGGAGAUAUUGACCGCGCCAUCGCCCUCAAGCGCCAGGAGUUUGUCAAGCAAGGCCUCCUGCCGUCGAAGUCCCCCAAAAAGGAGCCUCCUUUGGAGGAGAGUCUCGAAGGCAUCGACGAGCUGACUCCUGAGGAGGUCGUUGACCUUGAGGAGAUCCAGGAUCUCCAGGGCCUCACUGUCAUCUCGAACGGCGAGGAGGAGGAAUCGAAUGAAGGGAACCCUUUCAAUUCGCCUGAUGAAGAGGCCGCUGAACCAGGGUCGAAUGGGGCAGCGUCGCAAUCCUCGUUUGACCUUGAUGUAGAUGCAUUUGGGAGGUCGCCUGCCCGAAUCUUGGAGCCUAAGUUCGAGAUGACCCUUGCCGAGCUCCUGGAUGAGAGCCGAGUGGUGCCCGUUUCAGUCUACGGUGAUUUGGAGGUCUCAAUCACCGGCAUCCAGCAUGAUUCGAGGGAAGUCACUGCAGGGGAUCUCUUUGUAUGCUGCAACGGGUCCAAGAUUGAUGGACAUGACUACCUUACUGAGGCUGAUAAGCGAGGAGCAGUUGCAUUGGUUGCCGAUAAGGAGAUCAACAUAGAAGAGACAUUAGGAUGUAAAGCUCUAGUCAUCGUGGAGGACACCAGUUUGGCACUCCGCAUCCUUGCUGCAUCAUUUUAUAUGCACUCCUCAAAGAGUUUGUCAGUGAUUGGAGUCACAGGAACAAGUGGCAUAACCGCAACGACUCACUUGGUCAAGGCCAUGUAUGAGGCCAUGGGAUUGAGGACGGGGAUGUUGGGCACACUCGGGUGCUAUGUUCAUGGUGAGAAUAGGUUGGAUUCUCCCAACACAACCACCGAUGUGGUAGUCACACAAAAACUGAUGGCAAAGAUGGUGCACAAUGGGACUGAGGCUGUUGUUAUGGAGGCUUCUGCUGAUGGUUUAGCUCAUCAAAGGUAUGAUGAGAUCGAUUUUGAUAUUGCUGUCUUCACAAAUUUGACAAGUGACCACCCUGAAUUUAGUGGAACCGAUGAAGAGUAUAGGAAUGCUCAGGGUAAAUUGUUCACAAUGAUGGUUGAUCCAGAGCGCCAUAGGAAAAUUGUGAAUAUUGAUGACCCAAACGCACCGUUCUUUGUGACACAGGGGAACCCAGCUGUUCCUGUUGUGACUUAUGCCCUGGAAAACAAGAAUGCUGACGUUCAUGUUUUGAAGUUUGAGCUUUCAUUGUUUGAGACACAGGUUUUGGUUCAAACACCCCAUGGGAUAUUGGAGAUCUCUUCUGGGUUGCUUGGGAGAGACAACAUCUAUAACAUUCUUGCUGCAGUUUCAGUUGGAAUUGCAGUAGGAGCACCAUUGGAGGACAUUGUGAGAGGAAUUGAGGAAGUUGAUGCAGUUCCUGGUAGGUGUGAGCUUAUAGAUGAGGAGCAAGCAUUUGGCGUAGUUGUUGACCAUUCAAAGACACCAGAUGCUCUGUCCAGACUUCUGGACACUGUCAGAGAACUUGGCCCCCGUAGAAUAAUCACUGUCUUAGGAUGUGAAGGCGAAAGAGAGAGAGGCAAGAGACCUUUGAUGACAAAGAUUGCAACUGAUAAAAGUGAUGUUGUUAUGUUGACAUCUGACAAUCCAAGGAAUGAAGAUCCAUUGGACAUCUUAGAUGACAUGUUGGCUGGUGUUGGAUGGACCAUGCAAGAUUAUUUGAAACAUGGUGAAAAUGAUUAUUAUCCACCACUGCCAAAUGGCCACAGACUCUUCUUGCAUGACAUAAGAAGAGUAGCAGUGCGGGCAGCUGUUGCAAUGGGUGAGGAAGGCGAUGUAGUAGUUGUUGCAGGCAAAGGCCAUGAAACAUAUCAAAUCGAAGGCGAUAAGGAGGAAUUUUUUGAUGACAGAGAAGAGUGCAGAGAAGCAUUGCAGUAUGUUGAUGAACUACAUCAGGCAGGAAUAGACACAAGUGAAUUCCCAUGGAGGUUACCAGAGAGUCACUGAUGGUUUGGCGUUGAACUGGUGGUACAUCAAAAGGAACAGGAUAUCAGCCCUGGUAAUUUGUGUUCGCGACAGAACUAGCCGGCAACAAGCUCUUAUCACACCGAGCAAAGCAUAUCGUGAAGGAACCAUCAUGUAUAUGAUCCGUAACUGCUCAGCAAGGAGAUCAUCAGGAAUCUGCAGCAGGAAAUUAAAGAAAAUAAAUGCUUCAAAGUAGAUACACAAUCCAGUCCGAGUGUAUUAGGUGGUUUUAUCGGCCUGUUUGGGAACUUGGGGUUGGAUCUCUACUUUUUGCAAGAAUCUGAUCUUCCAUUAGAUUUUAUAUGAACUUUUUCUAACCUAAUCAAUCUUGGGAAAAUGUAGCCUA